CUCACCGGGAGCGCCUUUCUCUCCGACUGCUUGAUUUCUUAUAUCUGCUCUGUACAUACUAGGUAUCAUAACGGUCUACUCCUUUUGCUCCCGUGCUGCCUGCUUUCCUGCGAUGAGAUGACCAGCGACCCUCUCCGCCCGGGCCUCCAUCCGCUGUCGCAUCUCAAAGCUGGCCCAACGACCUCCAGCUCGAAGUCGACGGCUGUGCCUUCGUCUCCAACUCUGCAGUCUUUUGCCCAAACUCCGACGCGCCCGCAGCCAGUCAAACAUGCCAGUCGAGAGGAUUCAGUUAAUGCGACGAGCGACAAGGCGACGAUUGCUCUAAUUCGACGCGUCCUAUGUCCUCAAGCUGGUAACCAUGGGGGUGCCACUACUCCUCAGCCUCCGGAAGAUCUGCUGCCUCCACUUACGAGCUCGAAUGAGGUAGAUCGUCAGCUUUAUGCGCUGAUUGCCAUCAUCGUCAAGGAGUUUGUGUACACUUGGUACUCAAAGAUCACAUCGGAUCAGGUGCUCGUGAACGAACUCCUGCAGGUCAUUGCACACUGCACCCGCGCUCUUGAGCAGAGGUUGCGCGAGGCCGAUGUUGCGCAGCUGUUUCUUGAUGAGAUUCCUGCUCUCGUUGAGAGGCACAUUACAUCAUAUAGACUAGCGAAGCAACAAUCAGAACAGUCUUCGAUAUCUCCUCCGCUCCGCGAGCUUUAUCAUGCUCUGAAUCCGCAUCCAGGCCUCUCACCGAUUCCCGACCCAUCAGACGCUCAAGCUGUUGCACAGCAAAGAGAAAAUGAAUCAAUCUAUCGGCAACUAUUGGUUCACGGCAUGUUAGCGGUGCUACUUCCCACGGAAGACCUGGAAAAUGCUUCUCUGCGGACUCUGCUCGGCGACAUCCUGGCAGAUCUUGUGCUGGGCAACGCAGUGGCCGGGAAAAUCAGCGAAGGAUGGUUCUUGUGGGACAGUAUCACGAAGGUGGUGGACAGAGUAGGGCGCAAUGAACAGGAUGAGGAUGCAGCGACUGCAACAAUGCGUCAGCGAUCCAGACUUCACAAGUACGGUCUUCUCUCUCAAGAAGCGUUCACGGAAGGUCAUUCAUCGUCUCAAGUCCAAGUGCCAGUUCCCGACUGGAUCUGGCAAGCGCUACAAUAUGUCUACAUGAUCUACGUGACUUUACGUUUCAUUGUGAUCGGCCUGUUUCGCGUUGCAUCCGCUCCUCCGGUUACUGCGUCCCUGACACCAUGCCCUCCAACCAGCAACGCGGACGGACCCCCCUCGUGCGCAACCUCCAAGAAGCGCCCGGUGCUGGACUACCGAUUGUAUGGCAUGGUCUCGCAAGUGAUGGAUGUGCCGCAGCGGAUGCCUUGGCUGUGUGGAAUGCUCGCACUGAUCCAGUAUCUGAUCCUGGCCGGUCCAGGUAAAUUGGGUGAUACGGAUAGUGUUCUUGAUAGGUUCCUUCACGAGACCAUCCGCGAUCACGUCCUUACCCCCGCCCUUUUUCCAAACCUGCUUCUUGCGACUAGGGCCGCGCUCUUUCCUUUGAACGCCCGGCCAGCUUCCACAGCGGCAGAUGGUCGCGCCGCGGCUUCGGCGCCGCAGCUGUCCGUGCAGCCUCCAGCAUCUCCUAUAGUGAAAGGGUCUGUUAACGACGCCGCUGGCGCAAGUGACGCUUGCAGUAGCGUUUCCUCGUCUGGUGUCUCCGCGACAGCGCCCUUAUCGCCGGAUCCGCGGCCUUCCACGCCCGACGUUGCUUCUAUCAAGCGACGCUGUGCGGCCAGCAUUCUCUCCCGGCUUCCUCGCCCAAUCGCACGUCGUUUCUUCGGUGUCCCGUCUUUUUCUAUCGAGCAUAACCCGUCGUCCCGACGCCCAGGGCGACUGAAUAGCUCCGACGAGCCUGAAUCGCCCUGGCUCGACUCUCCCCAGGCGUCAUCCACGGUCUCACCCGCAGAUUGCGGCCACGAGGAGUCACUCCUACUCGCUGCCGUUGAGGAGGUUCUCGACCUCUUUGCCGAUGAUUAUUGCAACAAGCAUUUAAUAUAUUCCAUCAUAGAAGCCAUUCUCACAACGCUCCUUCCGGAGUUGUCUGAGCGCAGCAUCGCCGAGCUAAUGGAGGACAGGGGGGUACCCCUGGCAUCUAACUUGACUCCGCCUACCCAUGCGGGCUCAUAGACGGCGUACAGUGUACGCGGAGCGCUACAUCGAGAUAUUCCCUUCCCCUAGGAUAGUAAUGUUAAUGAUACCAAUAUCGCAUA